GGCCGGGUUAUUUGUCGUCAGGCGUCAGCAUACGGCAGCAAGCAAUUGCACUCUCGCUGAUUGUGGGGAGAAGGAAAAGGAAAGGGAAGAGGAAAGGCAGUGAGGAUGGCGUGCAAACUUCCAUUGAUGAGUGCUUAUUACCAUCCCAGGGCAGACGCUGACGCCAUAUGCAAUGCCCUUGUCGCAUUGAGCAAUGAAGACGCAGAUCGAGUUGCUUGCUUGCUGACCGUUGCCACGGUGUCCAUGAAGCUGCCGUGGUAUCAGAGGUAUCGCCUCGCAGACUACUCCAAGGUCAAGCACGGUGAUGUCCUGCUGCUCAUCAGAGGCCACACUGAUGGUGAACUGCAGGAAGCGUUGCUGGCUAUGUUCCAGCCAGCAGCGGAGCGGGAUGCUGAGUACAUUCACGACGCGUUGAAUCGCAUCGGAACCGAUGAGAGUACCUUGGGCGAGGUGAUUUGCAGCUGUUCCCCUUAUGAACUGGAGGCUAUCGGUGCAGCGUACGAGGAUAAGUAUGGCAGGCCCCUGGUUGAUGAUGUGAAAGGCGAUCUGGGUGGCCACAUGGAAGAUCUGGUCGUCAAACUACUGACUGUGCCGCGCAAAGCCCCGUGUGUCGAUCAGGCAGCGGCGGAGUGUCUUGCAGAAGAGCUGUAUAAGGCUGGGGAAGGAAGAUGGGGCACAAAUGAGGGCAAGUUCAUUGAGAUUCUGACUACCGAGAGCUUUCCUCAGCUUUGUGCCGUUUUUGAGGCAUACAAGGCAAGGCAUGGGCGCUCAGUUGUCGAAGCUGUGGCUGAGGAGAUUCAUGGCAAGCUGGGUUACCUUCUGAAGACUCUGUGUCAUCAGAUACAGGAUCCAGCCAAGGCAGCGGCGUAUGUCAUUCACAAGGCCACGAAAGGAAUGGGGACGAAGAAGGGCGCGUUGGUUCGAAACAUUCUCUGCAAGGUGGACACUGACUUGCACCAGAUUGCCGCCACCUUCGAGAGCGAGUAUGGCGAAAGCCUUCAACAUCGGUUGGCCGGGGAAUCUCAAAUUUGUGACGAUCUGAAACUGCUGCUGGAAGCGGCGAUCAAGACUGCGUAGUUUUGUGGAAAGAGUGGCCGCCAUAGCCUAGUACCUGUCUCUUAUACACAUCUAGAUGUGUAUAAGAGACAGGCCUAGUACCUAAUCUAUAAUCUGAAGUCGAAUCUCAAAUUUGCGAUGAUCUGAAACUCCUGCUGGAAGCGGCGAUCAAGACUGUAGUUUUGUGGAAAGCGUGGCCGCCAUAGCCUAGUACCUAAUCUAUAAUCUGAAGUCGUCUUAAGUUAUCUAUCUCACCAGAGCAUCCCAAGUGACUUGGUACCUUCCUUUUUGCAGCUGUGAACAUGAAGUGGGGAUGGGUGGAGCCUAUGGUAGACGGUGAUGCGGCUCGGUUGUGUGGCCAGCGUGGUGCUCAGCUGAAUGGAGAUGCCAAUGGUACAUGGCGAUGCGGCCGGGUUUUGCAUUUACGGGUCGUUUAUAUAGAUGCCAGUGUCACACGUUCCUAUGGUACAUUGUGCCAAUUCUUGCACCACUAUUCCUAUGCUGCACGGGCAUGUGACGUCGGACUCUCAAUGAUAGAGUGUUUUAUGGAAGUUGUGAUCGGAGAUGUUUCUAUCGGAAUUUGAAAGAGAAGGGUAAUGCGCUUCUUGCUUCACCACGCGUCUUGUUACGCGGGCGUGUGACGACGGACUGUCCAUGUUAGGGUUUUAAAUGGAAGUUGUUAUGGUGAUCGGAGAUGUUUCCAUUGGAAUUUGAAAGAGAAGGGUAAUGCGUUUCUUGCUUUAUCGGUCCCUUAUCUUACAUUCGAUUCCUUGCUCCUCGUCAUUCGAUUUCUGGAUCUGUUGUUCUUUUGUACUCCGUUCUCUCCGUUCUCUCCCUCUUCUCCUUCAACUUUGGAAAUCUGUUAUGCAUGGUCUUGGGCUCGAUGGGCUGGUUUGGUUAUGAAUGGCGGAUGUUUUUUUUUGCUUUUCUAUUAUGUGUGUGAGAUGGUGCGUUUCUGCUAAGCCGGGCAUAAUUGCGUCUAUAUCCCUCCCUUUUGCCAUCAAUCCCCGGUUCCAUCAUGGCUACUUCGCAGAGCUAGGUACAUGGGUCGACCUGGGACUCGACGUCCAAAAAUCCUUUGCACAGCCCUUUACGCGAUUUGUGGGCCUACUCUUUGGGUGUGAGGUUGAUCCUCACAUGCGUGUCCCUCACAGAAGAGGAAGCUCCUGAACGAAGGAAGUAAAAAAGCUUACGUGAG